AGGGUUUUCUCUAAAAUCCCAAGAAUUUCAUUAACCUGUCCUUCUCUGCUUGUGUUUUUUCCCCUCCUCCUUAAGAACAACAAUCCGCUGCUCAUCGUUCAUCCCUCCAUACCAUCCCAUCCAUAUUUCCUUCUAGAUACGACCACCGGCUGCGGAUAGAGAGAGAGAGAGACGGUCCAUUGCCGCUGCCAAAGCAUUUAUAUCCUUCAGAAGAGAAGAGAUAUAGCUGAGCACUGUCCCCAAGCCAGGUCGGAGUUUUCCGCACAAACAAUCUAGCUAGCUACUUUUGCCUCUUUGUGGAAUCGAUAACGACUCGUCUGAGAGAUCGACGAUCCAUCAACCAUUCUGUCGACACGUAGAACCAGAGACUUUGUCGGUUGUCGUCAUCCUAACUGGAAGCAAACGCUGCAGUGGAGUCAAGCUCGGCGGUCAAAUAUAAUCUUACGCCGCCCAAUGAGAUCAUGGCAAUGACCUCUUCUUCUAGACCAUUUGGAGGAUCUUCAGCUUUCCCCAAUUCUCCGGCUCCUACCACGUCCUCAUCGUUGAAUUAUAGUCAAUAUGGAUCCAACUCCUUCGCGUCGCCUUCCGCUCAUCGACCUUCAGCCCCGAGCGUCAGCUCGAGUUAUUCAAAUCGGACGGUUCCGAGGCAAGGAACAGGUUUAAGACCGUCAGCAGGAGGCGGGGGAAGUGGGAGUGCAAGUGCAAGCGGCGAUCGCAAAGUUGAGAGUAGAGAUGUUGCGAGGAUACAUUAUCGAGCUCUGAGGGAUUUUCUGAGAGAAUGGCUGGAGAAUGAAUCCGCUUCCACUCGCGCAUCAGCGAGGGACAAGCUCACCCGUCUCACAAAACUGCAAUUUCAGGAACUCUCCACAGACGUGUAUGACGAGUUGCAACGGAGGCUAGAUCAAGAACAUGGUCCGAAUGGCGCAGACGCCUUUCUCCCCGUUCGUGAGGACUUUCACCCGAAGCGAAACCAAGCCAGACAAAAGCUCGCGACGUUGCCGCGUAGUCGCUUUCGUGAUCUCGCCAGCGAUGUCUUCUAUGAGCUACGCAGGAGGUAUCCAGAGUUCCAGGAGGAGGAGACCGAAGAGACCAUGUUCGAUGACGAGCCACCGCCCGCGCCUGGUCCCGUCGCCCCUCGCAAUCAAUACGACCGCAAUGGUCCCACUGCUCCUGUCGCUUCUCAUCAGCGCCAAGGGUCUCGCAAUGUCUCUGGCUCCUCUUCCCAUUCUCACCCCAGUCGAGAUGGAUCAAGGGAUUACAUGACUCGGCCAAAUGGUUCUGCUUUCGGGGGCGGAUCUGCCAACAUGGGAAUGACGACUAGUGACAAUAUUAUCCCCAACAAAUCACGAAUGCGAGAAGAGGAUGUCAAAGUCCCUUACUCUCGAGAUUCCACGAGUGGUCCACCUCCCCAGCCUCUCGCUCCCAUGGCUCGGUCUGGGCCUGGAAUGCUGGACAGACCGACGAAUGAUGUGGUCAUACCUAAUAAGAGUCGUUUACGGGAAGAAAACAUAGAGGUGCCGUUCUCCCGUGACGACUCCGCGACUGGAUCUUCCAGCACACGACCCUCGCGGUCCGCAUCAAAGAGCAGCGCAGGUGGAGGCAUGGUCGACCGUCCGACCAACGAUGUCGUGGUCCCUAAUAGGAGCCGCAUGAGGGAGGAAGAGGUCCAGGUUCCCUAUGCGAGGGAAUCACGUAAUCUGGACAGACCGCGAUCUUCUGCAUCCUCUCGCCCUGGAUCAGUUUCCAGCCAGAAUCACGAUCGCACGCCGAGAAUCGACGGACCUCAGAACGCUCUCAGUCCUCACGGUGCAGGAGACGAUAGAGAAUACUACGAUCGAAUGUCUUUUUCAUCGAAUAUCACUUCGAAAUCUAGGACCGGAGGAACACCAGGUGGUGCUGGACUAGGUUGGGAUGAGGAACGCGAGCAAAAGAUCAGGGCAGAGUACGAAUUCAGGAUCGCUGGACUAGAGCGUAAAGCCAGUCAGGCUGAAGGCGAGAGAGAAGCAAUGAGGAAAAAGGUGGAAGAGUUGGAAUCUACGGUCAGAGGCGAUGAUGUGGAGAUACGGGGCAUGAAGGAGCGGGCCGCUUUACACGCCUCUCAGCUACGGUCCAUGCAGCAUGAACUGGACAUUGCCAAAGAUGGUGCAGAGGCAGCACGGAGUCAUGGGGAGUCGAGUUCCAGGCAAGCUCAGGAGGAGAUCUCGCACUGGAAAGAGAGGUGUGAUAGGCUAGAAGAUGAAUUGAGAAGGGCGGAAGAGGAGCGCAGUGCGCUGGAAACUGCGAAUGCAGCAGGAGGCAUGAAUACCGACGAAGCCGUCUCUUCGCUCAAGCAGGAAAUACAUACCCUUGUGGAUGAAUUGCAGUCGUUGUCAGCUCGGAACGAAGCGCUUAUCACCGAGCGAGAGAGGGACGCCCAAGCGAUGAACGAGAUGGAAGCCAAGGUGGAAGAGUACAAGAGAAUGUACGAUUCGGCAAGAGUAGAGUUGAGGAACCUCAAAGCUACUUCCAUGAUGUUCGUACCGAAACCCGCUACCGAUGACCACCUUCCUGCUUCACCCGAUGGCAACAUUGCAGAUAUCAACGUAUUGGCGUUCCAGACUGCGAUCGAUGGACUGCUCUCUGCCGCUAGAUCUUCACAGCCGUCCAGCGUCUUGUCGUCAAUGAAGUCCAUCGUGGAGGCCAUCACGGAGAUCGGGGACGAUGUCAAGCAAUUCGAAGCGCGACCCAACCUUGAUGUCGAUGUAUCUCGCCUGGAGUCACUCAAAUUUGAAUCGACCAAUCGGCUCAACUCACUCAUGCAGACCGCCAGAAAUCACGCCAUGUCUUCAGGUUUGGCGCCUGUAUCUCUGAUCGAUGCCGCAGCUGGACAUCUCAGCUCCAACGUUGUGGAGAUUAUCAAGUUGCUGAAGAUUCGACGAAGUGGUGAAGCUGCCACUAUGACCCGUAAUCGAAGCAGUAUGAGCAUCAAGGACAUGGUCGAUCGAUCUAGAGCUGGAGCAGGUACACCCACACUGGAUCGUCGUGCCAACACUCCCACAACGGAGUACUCCAAUCGAUCCGGUACUCCGACCGAGUCUGCACCGAUCAAAUCUACUUCUUCGUCUGCUGGGUCCAGAUUACGUGAUUACGCUGCGGGAGCCAAGGAAUAUGCACAAGGAGCCGUCGAAAGACUUCGCGAGCCCUUGAGUGCGACAUCCUCUAGUGGCGUCCGAAGGGCUUUCGACGGACUCGUUCAAUCUACUCGGUCGGGAUCUGGAGAUGGUAGAUCACUCUCACCCAUAGAUACCAAGGUCAAUGGCGCUGGUUCAGGACCCAUGAGCGCAAGUGCCAGUGCGUCCGCCAACUCUUCUGGACCCAACGCAGCAUCCAACCUCCGUAUCAACUCUUACGCUUCGAACACGUCUUCCAUGGCUAGAUCUGAUUCUUUCGAUUACGACCAUAAACCAUCCGUCUCGACUUAUGAUCAGCGUCGACCGACCCUUGAAUCAAGAAGCAAUACUUACAGCUCGCAGAACGAUUAUGUUGAUCGAUCGAGUGAACGGGACAGUCGGGACAGAGUACGGGGAGACAGCGUAUCUUCACGAAACGGAUUCAGAUCUCCAGUAGAAAUGCGCAAUCCUUCGGGGGACCACCGUGGCAAUGGAUACAAUCGCGAUCCGGCGCCAAGAUCACAGAGCCCGGCCGCAGGAGCAACAGGAGCUUCGGGCGACAGCACGCCUAUGGCGCCUGUUUCUGCCGUCUCAGCCGCAUCAAUGGGCUCGGGCUCGGCGUCCAAGUCUAAUCCACCGAGGGACGAUGAUGAGGUGUUCCUAGGUCAGGGCGGAGGGACAGAUCAAGAGUGGGAGGAUGUCAAGCCAUACCUCGAGAAUCAGUCCUCUGCCCUCGUCAAUUCGAUCCAAAACUUGCUCGCUGCGAUCCGAACCGGAGGUCCUACUCCAGCAUUGAACGAGCACUUGUCCGAAGUCAUCGCCAUAGCUUCAUCCAUCGUUGCUGUAUCCACAGACGCUCUACCUACUUCUCUCCGCGCAGAGGGCAACCCACUCUUGCGCGAAUUAGUGGGCAACACCAACAAGCUCAGCGAAGCUCAAGAAUCAGCCAAGAAUGGAGGAUUUGAUAAAGCCAUGAGACAGAUUAUAGCCAGUGCGAGCUUUGGCGUGGCGAAGAGUUUGAAGAGCUUGAUGAAAUUGGGGGCAGAGUAGAUGUGCGGCGCAACGCACGAGUCGCAGGCGCGGUGCCGUGGUGUUGACACGUAGUUUCCGGGACCUUCAGCAUUGCCAUCUUUGUUCUGGGGGGGUUUCGACCCUCAUAGAUAUCUCUGUCUUGUUGUCAUACCACGACUCUUUUGUCCGUGUCAUUCUUAUCAACAAUACUGCAUUUAUCGAGAACUUCACGAGAGU